AUGGAGACGCUCAUCUUCAUCAUUUUUAUGCUCCUUAUGGAGGUUCGGUCUUACAAUGCUCCUACUGUUCGUGUUUCUUCAGAUGUCAUUAGUGAGAUAAGCUCAGUGAAGAUCAGCUGUGAGACACCAGCAGGUGUUAAAGUAAAGCAGUGUUAUUUCGCUAUAGAUGAGAAGAAUAUAAAAGUCAGUAGGUUAUGUGAGCGGGAGUUCUCUGGUGCUGGAUUGCUCAGCUGGGCAGGUGGAAAAUCACCUCAAUCAGUCGACAUUAACUGCUACUACUACAAUACCAAUGAGAGAGGGAUUAUUGAACCAUAUCAUUCUCCUGCUGCCACAGUGACUGUUCUAGACAGACUUCAGAAACCCUUCAUCAGCGUUAGUGAAGAUGAUGAUCUGCCCACAAUAUCAUGUGAAAUACCACUAUCAGUCAGAGCUAAUUUAACCUGUAGUUUCUAUACUGAAGAUGGAGCUCGUCUGUACAGAAGUCUCUCUCAGAGGAGUCAGAAUGGAGACAAACAUCUUUGUAUGUUUUAUCCAAACUUCCCCACACAGUCAGUGAACAGCAGACAAAUAAACUGUGAUUAUACAACAGUCAUCAAGACUAAUUUCACAUCACCACGGAGCGACACAGUCACCAUCAGAGGUCUUUCUCAGGCCAGACUGUCAGCGUCUGCUUCAGUUCUUCAGGAAACAGACACAGUUGAGCUGAGCUGCGAGAAUGCUGAAGAUCUGGAGAUGGAGAUGUGUGUCUUCAACAUUAAUGGAAGAGAAAGUAACUCAAAAGCAAGUUUCUCUUGUCAGCUCUCACUCACUGCAUCUCAGAUCAGUGUUUGGUCAGAAGAUCAGAGCUCAUCAGUGAACAUAACCUGCUUCUACACUGUGAUGAAGAAAGGAGUUCAAAAACCAUCUCCUCAUUCUGAUCCAGUGACAGUAACAGUCCAGCCUUCAACACCAACCACCACUGCAGAUACAAAUACAACAGCCCUAGAAACAUAUGUUUCUCGUGUUCAGACUUUCACAGCUCAUAAAGACCAACCCAUAUCCAGAUAUGUUACAUGGCUUAUAAUGCUGGUUUGUAUUGGAAUUGGUGUCAUUUUUUCUGGAUUCCUGGGAGUCAUCUGUGUGUGCUGGUUUGCAAGAAAACGAAAAAGAAAAUGCAAUAACAUAAAAUCCACAAAACCAGAUGUGUCCAGUCAAGGAAUUGAUAUGAGUGGUUCUGGAGAAGAAGAGAUAUAUUAUGUGACCACUUCUGGACCGGCCACAUCUCAACCUGUAUUUGAGGAUGUUUCAGUCAAUAAAAAACAACAUGGAAAUACAGCGGAGAGUGAGGAUGUUUACCACCUGUACAGCACCAUCCCUGAUAAACUAGUUCAGUCCAGCGCUGGAGAUCAAGAAUACAAUUUGAUCCAGAAACACUGAUGAGCCUCAAAACUUGUUUUAUCAUGUACAGAAUAUCAGUCGUACAGUACAUGUAGAAUCUUAACUUAAAAACAGAUUUUUAAUAUUGGUUAAAAUGGUUAACCAGAGAAAAUGGGUUUCCUCUGCAGAUGAUAACCAAAAAUAGCUUGGAUGUUUCAUGAAAACUGAAAUAAAAGAUGUCUAAUAAAUGGAAAAUAGUUUUACACAUAA